CGACUAGAACGACAGGAUGCACAAAUCAGGGAAAUGACACGCGCGCUGGCAGAUUUAGAGUCCCGAAAUAUAUUCAAAUGGACCCGAGAAACAAUAGCCGAAUACCAGCCCUUCAACCCAAAUACCCCCGAUCAGACUAGUAAGGUCGUGAAAGACUUCGAUGGGGACUAUGACCCAAAUGGAGGUUUACUCUACAGAGCUUUGAAUUUCCUAGAGACGCGUGUUUUUAUCGAUGGACACAAAAGCAAGCAAGCAGCGUCGCCUUUACUUGUCAGCAAUCAACUGGAUAUAGCACCGUAUGUGAAUGUAGAACAUGUCGGGGAGGAUGACAGAACACCUCCGCCACAACUAAAGCAAUCACAAGCGCAGUGACUAGCGGAGAGGCGUGAAAUGCUGCAAGUGAAGAACGAACUAGCCAAGUUAGAAUAUGUGAUCGAAACGGCUACCACAGAAAAAUAAUACAUUCUUGGGUGCAUCAUAACUUAAGUUAUUUUAUAUGUGUAAUAUUAUUUAAAAAGUUUGCCACGCCUUUGUACAUGUACGAGUUUUACAUUUAAUCCUGAUGUAGAAUUCCGUUUGCAUUUUCGUUUUCGGUUCGAUUCUUGGCUCAGGAGAACGUGCUUAUGCACUACAAUGUGUAUGCACAAUGAAUUGCAUACAUUUUGAAGUUGACAGUUUUGUAAAUAUUAUUUAUUUAAUAAGACAUACACAGAAAAUGUUUUAUUGCUUGAGAUUUGAAAUAAAAAAAAACAACGUUGACUAAAUCAUUUGACUCCUUAAAGUAUACGCCUAAAAAAUGUGAAAUUAGAAAUUAUAGCAUUGUCAUUUUUUUACAUUUUUCGAAUUUAUUGUGAAGAAG